CCCUCGUGGAUGCAGAUUCACGAUGAAGCAGCACACGAGAUCUUUGGCCCUGAGCCCAAGCUCGACCUGCUGCUGGAAGAUGAUGAGCGCCCCUUUGCCCACGAGGCUGGCGUCUUCAUACCCGAGGACAACUGUCUCUUCAUCACCAGUAACCAGUACGCCCACCCAGUGACGGGCCAGUCCCACGUUCUUAUCUCGCGAGUCGGGCUGCCGUCCGAACCCCACAGCACCGAUGCACAGCACUGGGAGAUUGAUGCAAAGAAUGUCCUCUUGCCCAACGGUGGUGUAAACUACAGAGACGGCGUGCUGUUCUGUGCCCAGGGCACCCUCGACCAGCCCGGAGGCAUAGUCUUCAUGCGGUCGAGGCCAGACUGCACCACAAACAACUACGAGGCCGAGCUGCUCGUCUCCUCCUUCCACGGCCGCCCCUUCAACUCGCCCAACGACGUCGUCGUGCACUCGGACGGCUCGAUAUGGUUCACAGACCCCAUCUACGGCUGGGAGCAAGGCAUACGCCCUCGCCCUCGGCUGCCCAACCAGGUCUACCGCUUCGACCCAGCAACCCGUGGCAUUCGCGCCAUGGCAGAUGGAUUCGGCAGGCCCAACGGCAUCUGCUUCAGCCCCGACGAGAAGAUUGUAUACAUUACCGACACCGACUGGAUCCACGGGGAUGGCUCGACAGACGAGAUGCGAGCAUCGCACAUAUACGCAUUCGACGUGAACACGUACUCUGGCCAGCCCUUCCUGGUCAACCGUCGACUAUUCGCCAUGGCCGACAAGGGCAUCCCCGAUGGCAUCAAGUGCGAUACCGAGGGCAACGUGUAUAGCGGCUGCGGCGACGGCCUCAACAUCUGGUCUCCGGGCGGUGUUUUGCUGGCCAAAAUCCUCAUUGACGGCGGCGUGGCCAACUUCUGCUUUGGCCGGAACGGCCAGAUAUUCCUGCUGAAUGAGAACAAACUGUGGAGAGUGCAACUGAACAAGUCGCGCAAAGGCGCGCUGUUGGGCCUUUGAAGAAAGGGGGGAAGCGACCCCGUCUUAGCUUUCGCACG